UCAGAGUCUCGGACAACAGACCAAGAAAAAGAAGAGGUGGUAGUAGAAUUAUUGAAGCGAAAAAACUCGGUUUUAAGACGAAAUUCUUGUUUUCACAAACCUAAGAGAACUGGGUUGUGUCUCUCUGCAUCAAAUAUUUCUCAAACAGAGUCUCUCUCUCUCUCUCUCUUUGGGAGAGAGAAGCUAAGAGAUUUCUCAGUGUUCGUGGGGUUUCUUGACUCUACUGAGAAAAUGAAAUGCCAUCUGUUACGUAAAACCAAGACCCUGGUUUUGUUUUUACUGUUUUUUCUGUUUUGCAACUCUUCUUCGGUUUCCGGCAAGGUGUUUCCCGAGAAAUCGAUUCUGCUGGAAUUCAAGAACUCUGUUUCUGACCCUUCUGGGAUUCUCUCUGGCUGGAACUCCGACAACCCGGAUCACUGUUCCUGGUUCGGGAUCUUCUGCGACUCGAAUUCCAGGGUUUCCGAGAUCAGUAUCACUGGUGGUGGUGGUGGUGGUGGUGGCUACAGAGGUAAUUCUUCUCAAGCUCUUUCUUGCUCUGAGUUUUCUGAGUUUCCAUAUAAUGGCUUUGGAAUUAGAAGAACUUGUUUAAGUGGUAGUGGAAAAUUAGUAGGCAAUUUGUCAGCUUUGAUUGGGAAACUCACUGAGCUUAGAGUUUUAUAUCUGCCUUGUAAUGGUCUUAGGGGUGAACUUCCUGUGGAAAUUUGGGGUUUAGAAAGGUUAGAGGUGCUUGAUCUUGAGGGGAAUUCGUUGACUGGGAAAUUGCCUUUGAGAUUUCCGGGUUUGAGAAAAUUGCGGUUUUUGAAUCUUGGGUUCAAUAGAAUUGAGGGGGAGAUUCCUAUUUCACUUUCAAAAUGUGUGGAUUUGGAGGUCUUGAAUUUAGCUGGUAAUAGAGUGAACGGGUCGAUUCCUGGUAUUUUUGGUAGUUUUCCGAGGUUGCAGGGGCUUUAUCUGUCCCAAAAUAAGUUAACUGGGGAUUUUCCGGAUGAAUUUGGAUAUAACUGUCCUAGUAUUGAACAUCUUGAUGUGUCUCAGAAUUUCCUAGAAAAUCAGAUUCCGCCUAGUUUGGGAAGUUGUGGGCGUUUACGGACACUCAUGUUGUUUUCAAAUAUGUUGGGUGAUGUCAUUCCUAGAGAGCUUGGUCGGCUUCAAAGGCUUGAAGUUUUAGAUGUUUCUAGAAACAGCCUUAGCGGUCCAAUCCCUGCUGAGCUUGGACAGUGCCUCAACUUGUCGGUUCUUGUCCUCUUGAAUCUUUUUAACCCACUUCCAACCGAUGGAAAUUCAAGUGGAGAUUCAUCACCUGAUUCUCAGGGCGAGUACAAUUAUUUUGAAGGCUCAAUUCCAAUGGAAAUUACAACCCUUCCAAAGUUAAGAAUUGUUUGGGCGCCUAGGGCUAAUCUGGAAGGGAAGCUUCCAAGCAACUGGGGUAGUUGUGAGAACCUGGAAAUGGUGAACUUAGCUAUGAACCUUUUCAGUGGAGAGAUCAUUGGAGUGUUUGAGAGAUGCAAGAAGCUGCAUUAUCUUGAUUUGAGCUCAAAUAAGCUUACCGGAGAGCUCGAUAAGAAACUUCCAGUUCCUUGUAUGACCCUUUUUGACAUUAGUGGGAACCUCAUGUCAGGGCCUAUUCCCAAAUUUAAUUACAGUGUGUGCAGCUGUAUGCCCUCCUCCAAUUCAGAUCUUCUUGGAGCUCACAACUCAUCAUUUGCAUAUCUAUCGUACUUUACUUGCAAAACUAGUCUUGGAGCUCCUUUGCCAUUUUCUGGUGCUAGGUUUAUGAUUCACAAUUUUGGUGGGAACAACUUCAGCGGUCCACUGCUAUGGCUUCCAGUUGCAGCAGAGAGAUUGGAGGAGCAGACUGAUUAUGCAUUUCUUGCUGGUGGAAAUAAUCUGAAUGGAUCAUUUCCUGGAAGUCUAUUCGGAAAAUGUGAUGGAUUAAAUGGAAUGAUUACUAAUAUUAGCAACAACAAAUUUUCGGGUAAUAUCCCCUUGAAGAUCGGUGCAAUGUGUAGAUCUCUUAGAUUCUUGGAUGCCUCUGAGAAUCAAAUAUCUGGGUCAAUACCCCAAAGUCUUGGAGAUUUGAAGUUCCUUGUUGUUCUUGACUUGAGUGGGAACAAACUUCAAGGUCAGAUUCCAACAGGUGUUAGUCAUAUGAAGCAUCUUAAGUAUCUUUCCCUGGCUGGUAACAACCUGACUGGUGCCAUCCCUGGCUUCACAGGUUUUAGCUCCCUUGAAGUGUUAGAACUUUCAUCAAAUUCUCUUUCUGGUGGGAUUCCAGAAAGUAUUGCGGACUUGAGAAAUUUAACUAACCUUAAUGUGAUGAAUUGCAGUGUACUCCAAGGAAACCCUUUCCUUUCCUCUUGUCCUGUAGUCUCCUUGAUGGUACCAUCUCCAUCUCUGCCAGAUAGCAAUGGGGAUUCACAAAGAAAUGUAACUUCCCCAUCAGAAAGAGUUAGUAAUAGAUUGAGCUCGAUUGAGAUUGCAUCCAUAACUUCUGCUUCAGUCAUUGUCUUAGUUCUUCUAGCUCUAAUCAUCCUUUUCUUUUACACGCGAAAAUGGGUUCCAAACUCCAGGGUGCAGGUUUCUGAAUCGAGGGAAAUUAGAGUUUUCAUUGACAUUAGGGUUCCACUGACAUUCGAGAAUAUUGUUUGCACAACAGGAAAUUUCAGUAAUGGCAACUGCAUUGGGAGUGGAGGUUUUGGGGCCACUUACAGGGCUGAAAUUUCUCCAGGAGUCAUAGUGGCUGUAAAGAGGCUUGCUGCUGGAAGGUUCCAAGGUGUACAACAGUUCCAUGCUGAGAUUAAGACACUUCAGAGGGUGAGACACCCUAAUCUUGUAACUUUAAUAGGUUACCAUGCUAGUGAAACAGAAAUGUUCCUCAUAUAUAAUUAUUUGCCUGGAGGUAAUUUGGAAAAUUUUAUUAAGGAAAGAUCCAGAAGAGUUGUUGACUGGAAGGUUCUUCACAAGAUUGCUCUGGAUAUAGCCCGCGCACUUGCUUAUCUGCAUGACCAGUGUGUUCCGCGCAUUCUACACCGUGAUGUCAAGCCAAGUAAUAUAUUGUUGGACAAUGACUUCAAUGCUUAUUUGUCUGACUUUGGGUUAUCAAGGCUUUUGGGAACUUCUGAAACCCAUGCAACAACCGGUGUAGCGGGGACAUUUGGGUAUGUAGCGCCUGAGUAUGCUAUGACCUGUCGUGUAUCUGAGAAGGCUGAUGUUUACAGCUAUGGUGUUGUGCUGCUUGAAUUGCUAUCAGAUAAGAAGGCCUUGGAUCCUUCAUUUUCUACACACGCAAAUGGUUUCAAUAUCGUUUCUUGGGCGCGCAUGCUGGUAGGGCAGGGUCGGGCUGAGGAUUUCUUCACAGCUGGGCUUUGGAAUGCAGGUCCCCAGGACGCUCUGGAGCACGUAUUGCACUUGGCUGUCACAUGUACUGUUGAGUCCCUCUCCCACAGGCCUACAAUGAAGCAAGUUGUCCAAAUUUUGAAGCGAAUUCAGCCUUCAUCAGGCUAG